AUGGCAUCUGCCGUGGAACCCAGCAGCAACAGCGGGUCUGUGGACCCCGCGACCGUAGCUGCCCGCCAUGUCCCUGACCAUGACGUCACCGAGAAGCGAGCGAGGGCGGCGCAAACCAUCCAGAGGACAUAUCGUGGCUAUCGCACGCGACGGGAACUGCAUGGACUAGAUCUCUCUGCGUCGACGUCGCGAUGGAAAGAUGCCGUGAAAGAAGCAGAAUGGCGACAACUACACCGCCCAUCUGCGCCAGCUGAAGAUGUGGAUAGCGCCGCGAACGCACGUCGGAAUUGGCUCCGCGCUGUGAGUGUUGCGAAGCGCGCUGGGGGGGAUGACGAUGAGGAUCUCGAGUCGAAGACAGCUAGGACGAGUAGUCAUGCUAUGGGCGAUAAUGGUUCAGGAACGGAGGGCUCCUCUCCCAGUAUUCUCCAUCAUGAUCUCCCGGCUGGCACUACGGCCAAGAUGAUGGAUUUGCAAUAUUUUCUGGAAAUGGUGGACUUGAAACACCGACAUGGCAGUAAUUUGCGGGUCUAUCAUAUCUAUUGGAAGAACUCGCCUACGAAUCAGAAUUUCUUUUACUGGUUGGACUAUGGGGAGGGGAGUGGGUUGGAUUUGCCUCAGUGUCCGAGAGAGAAAUUGGAGCGACAGCAGGUGAGGUAUUUGUCGCGAGAGGAGCGGAUGAAUUAUCUGGUUGAAGUGGAUGAAGCGGGGAAGUUUCGGUGGGCGAAGAAUGGGGAGCUUAUUUGGACGGAUAAUGCCCGGUUUAAGGAUAGUUUGAGGGGCGUUGUACCUGUUGAGGAGGACGCGCCGAGGUUUAGGGGAAAUACGGACGAUGGAAGUCCGGUCCUGUCGGAGAUGAGUGAUUCGUUGGAGUCAUCGUCAGGAUAUAGCUCGCUUAGUGAACACGAGGAUGCUUUGGGGAAGCAGGAGAAGGAUGAUUAUCAGGCGACAAAGGUGGGACAGAAAUUGGCACAUGUCAGUCCGGGAACGAUCCUCAAGACCCUGAAGGGGAAGUCGUCGAAGAAGGAAGAUAUGUGGAUCUUUGUUGCUGAUACUACCUUCCGGCUGUUUGUGGGCAUCAAAGAGUCCGGGGCCUUUCAGCACUCCUCAUUCCUGCGAGGUGCUCGCAUUGCAGCUGCUGGUUUGAUCAGGAUAAGAAAUGGACAACUACGUAGUCUAGCACCCUUGAGUGGCCAUUAUCGUCCCCCUGCCGCCAACUUCCGCGCCUUCAUCCACUCGCUACAAGAUCAAGGUGUCGACAUGUCACACGUCUCAAUCAGCAAGUCAUAUGCUGUUUUGGCAGGCAUAGAAGGCUAUACUCGAGCGAAGCGAAAGGUGCGCGCAUUGCAAGAGAAGGUGGACGGUGCAAAGCACAAGCUACACCAGAGGCAUGAGGGAGACGAGAGUCAUCAACGUGGCGAGAGUACCAUCAAUAAAAACGAAGCAAAUGAUGCGGCUGAGCAGGCUACGUCUGGAGGAAAUGAUACCCAUACGAAAAGAAGCUUCGAUCUUCCAUUUCGUCAGAAACCGAUCUGA